AUGGGCGUCAUACGGAAAAAGACAGCUGCUAGGGGCGCUGAAGGCGGGGUUAAGUAUCACUGCGACGUUUGCUCCGUUGACAUCACAUCUACGGUUCGAAUCAGGUGUGCUCACAGUGCAUGCAAUGACUAUGACCUUUGCGUCAAUUGCUUUGCCCAAGGCUCAUCGAGCAGUAACCAUCAGCCUGCGACACAUCCCUACCGAGUCAUAGAGCAAAAUUCGUUUCCGAUAUUCGAAGAAGACUGGGGUGCCGAUGAGGAGCUACUUCUCCUCGAGGGCGCAGAGAUAUAUGGGCUGGGAUCAUGGGCAGACAUUGCAGAUCACAUCGGCGGUUACCGUCACAAAGAUGAAGUCCGCGAUCACUAUAUAAACGCCUAUGUGAACUCGCCACGAUUCCCACUGCCAAAACGAUGUAGUCCGCACGACAACGAGCUGGCCAACCAGACAACCCGCGAAGAGUUUCAGGCACGCAAGAAACAGCGCAUCGAGGAACGGCGCGAUGCUGCCAAGAACGCCCCUGCUCUGCAACCCAAGACCAAGCCCACAGCAUCGGUGCCAUCAUGCCAUGAAAUCCAAGGAUACAUGCCCGGCCGCUUGGAGUUUGAGACGGAGCAUGCGAACGAAGCCGAAGAGGCCGUGCAGCUUAUGCAGUUCGAUCCAGGGGAUGGCAUCAACCCACGCACUGGCGAGCUCGAACCUGAGACCGAACUCAAGUUGACGGUCAUGGAGGUUUAUAACUGCCGCCUUACGCAGCGUGUCGAGCGCAAGAAGGUUAUCUUUGAGCACAAUCUACUGGACUAUAGGGAGAACAGCAAAUUGGAGAAGAAGCGGUCUAAGGAGGAGAGGGAUUUGCUUAACAAGGCCAAACCUUUUGCGCGGAUGAUGAACCAUGACGACUUCGAGGCAUUCUCGCAAGGUCUGAUUGAUGAACUGAACCUGAGGCAAGCGAUCACGCAGCUUCAGGAAUGGCGCAGCCUGAGGAUAGGCGACUUGAAAAGCGGCGAAAAAUACGAGCAAGAAAAAGCAGCGCGUAUUCAAAAGGCGAUCCCCCUGGGGUCCAUGGACCGCGAUCGACUCGCCACAAAUCAGCGAAGCAAGGCGCCACCGCCCCCCGAUCCACCCAGCGGUGCUGCUCUACUUGUGGCACCCGAAAUGCCUGCCAGGCUGGCAAACAAGGGUUCCCACGGAAAUGCACUAGCGAGCGAGAAUGCAGAGCACGCAGCUUCAAACGGCGAUGCUGUCAAGAGCGAGGCUCAUGCCAACGGUGGGGCGAACGGCGACGCAGGCAGUGUAAUCGUGGCGAAUGGCGACGGCACGGUCAAUGGAGUCACAGCUAAUGGCAUCGUCAAGAAGGAGAAGUUUGAGCUUCAGCCGAUUCCCAACCUGACGCCGUUGCAGUUUACUCUUGAUCAGACUCCCGACCUGCAGGUCCUGACCCCGGAUGAGGUAAAGCUCUGUGAACUGUUGCGCAUCCAGCCGAAGCCUUAUCUCAUGAUCAAGGAGCAAUUGCUCAAGGAGGCUCUGAAGACGAACGGAACACUGAAAAAGAAGCAAGCCAAGGAGAUCUGCCGCCUUGACAACGCCAAGGGCAGCAGGAUUUUUGAGUUUUUCGUCAAUUCUGGAUGGGUUGGAAAGGCUUAG